AUGGCUACAAAGUAUGGUCAUGUUGGUGUUGUCCGAAUGUUCCUCGACCAUGGAAGAGACCCAACUCCAGCGAUCAACGAGGAUAGCUUCCAAUCCCACCCUGAUCUUGAUUCCCUUAUCUCCUUCGUAAACCCAUUGACAGCCGCAGUGCUAGAAGGUCACACUUCAGUUGUCAGUCUCUUAAUUGGAAGUGGAUUUAUCGACCGAUGUGUGGAACCACCCCGGAAAAAGGAGUGGUGCAACCUAUUAUUAUCCUUGGCGGUCAUGAAGAGGCACAUUCCCAUCAUCAAGCUUCUGCUUGCAGGAGGUUGUGAUUCCAAUGCUACGUGCCUGUCUGGGGAGGCCCCUUUGCAUCAUGUUGCCGCAGCUCCUGCUACGAGCACGACUAUGGAAAUUGUUCGUCUUUUAGUUGAUUCCGGAGCUGACCCCGUGAAUAGAGAAUUCAAUUCUCCAUUUUCACUUGGCUUGAAAACUGGCAAUGAGCCGUUCGUCAAUUACAUUUUCGAACAGGGCAUUGCUUUUGAUACUGAAGUCAUCCUGAACAUGGUUGAUGAGAUAUCCGGACAGCACAAGAGAAUGGCGUCUCUCCUCUUGAAGAGGGUUGAUUUAAACCACACAAUCAAAUUCAGCCAAGGUGCACGAUGUAAGCUCAUAUGUGGCGCUAUAGCUGGCGGCUUCGAGGAUCUGAUGGAGAGAUUACUAUUAGCGGAGCCGUCUAUCUUCGCGAACUGGACUUGUAUCUUUGGUCAUAAAGAUAUUAUGAGUCUCGCUGUUGCGUCUGGUGAUAUCCGAAACAUAGAGUUUUUGCUUGGACUGGGCAGAUCUCUUGAUCACGCCGUGACUUAUCCCGCAAUAAUUAUAGAAAAAGACACAGAUGGAAACUGGGACCCCGAUGAUUGCCCUCCUUCAAUGAUUCUCGCGCUUAACCGGGGCCGUGAUGAUGUCGUAAAGUACCUUAUUAAAAAGGGCUUUGAUGUCGUAUUUGCGUCAGAACAUGGGAACGAUCUUUUUAAAAGAGCACUUUAUCUGGGCAAAGUGGAAAUCCUUAAAAUACUUUUUGGGACUUCUAUUCCAUCAAUUAAAGAUAUUGCGUUCUCAGAUGAUGGUCUGUCAAUCCAGCUUGCAGUCUUAGGAGGUGAAACCGUCUUCAGAUUACUCCUCGAACGUGGAGUACAACUACAACCGAGCUACGUUGGACAUUCCCGCGCAUUCGCAUGUGCUGCUCUGCUAGCUAAUGUGCCUAUAUUGAGGAUAUUUUUGGAUGCGGGUUAG